AUGGUUGAGGCUGUGUUUCUGGGUGUGUCCUGGAAGACCCUCAAGGAAGGAAGGAAGAAAUUGCUAAGAGUUUACAAAAAAGGAAGUGAAGGCGCAUUUCACAAAUCUACAUUCUGUAAAACCAUUACGAUGUCACAAUUCAUGAUCAAUGAGACCGUCAUAGUGCUCUCAUCAAAUAGCACCAAUUCCUCCCAAACAGAGAAGCCCAAACCCAUCACUCAGAGGCAGGAUAGCCUGAAGAAACAGCUAAAGGGAGAAGUCAAAGCAAUUGGGACUAUUCAGAUCUUAUGUGGCGUGAUGGUGUUGAGCUUGGGGAUUGUUUUGGCAUCUGCUCUCGUCGGUCCACAUUUUACCCCAGUGUUUUCUAUCCUGUUGAAGUCUGGCUACCCAUUCAUAGGACCCUUGUGCUUCAUCAUGGCCGCCUCCCUGUCCAUCAUCACGGAGAAAAGGCUGACUAAGCCUUUGGUCUACAGCAGCCUGACCGGAAGCAUUCUGAGUGCGCUCUCUGCUCUAGUGGGUUUCAUUCUCCUGUGUGUCUGCCUGGCUGCUUUGGGUCCUGCCUCAUUGCAGUGCAAGUUGGGCAGAGAGACUACACCCACUGUGAAUUAUCAUUCUUAUUUUUCUGCUUAUGAUGAAAAUGAUUGUCCCAUGGCCCAGACCAGUUUGACUGGAGCUAUGUCUAUGAUGCUGAUUUGCACGGUGCUGGAGUUCUGUCUAGCUGUGCUUAUGGCUGUGCUUUGGUGGAAACAGGCUCAUUCUGAUUUCCCUGGGAGCGUGCUUUUUCUGCCUCAUAGUUAUAAGGAUAAACUCAGCACGUCCUCAAAUGUGCAUUGUGACCCUGGAUAUGAAGAACUAUUGUCUCCUGCCAACAGCAACACCUUGACAUCAGAGACAAAUGCAGCCAAGGAAUUGUCCAUGAACCUUUCUGGAAGUGGGAACAUCUUACAGCCAGGCCAGUCAGGGGCUUGGGUCUUGCCCUCUCACCUGCAGAAGAGCCUACUUCUCUUCUUGAAAGGGCAGCCCUGCAUCCUAGGGUUUCUCGUGUCUGGAGCACUGUCCAUUGCUGCUGGAAGGAAAGUGACCAAGAGUCUGAUCCAAGGCAGCCUGGCCAUGAAUACAGUCAGUGCCACUAUAGCAGGGGCUGCCACAAUUCUGUUGGUUUUACAACUUAUGAGUUUCAUUCCAAUGACAAGUUUGCAUCACCAUGAAAAUUUUCCUUUA